AUGUCCACAUUCUGCAUGCCUCUUGUAGAAGGACUGUACAACAUUGCGGCCAGCAAGCAGGCACCCACCAAGCAAGUACAGCAAUAUUUUUCAGAUCUUCUGGAGCGCCUAGACACGUUUAUUUCGAUCAUAGGCAGACUGGAAGGAGACCUGCUGCCGGACUGUCUCAAGUCGAUGGGCAAGAUCUGGACGGUUAUCUCUGAGAUCCUGGAGCAAUAUGGGAGCAAGAAGGUCACUGCAGGCUUCGAGGCUUCCGGCUGCUCCAACUAUCUCUGGAUCACUUCCAAGAUCGUCGCCGCUUUCCCUGAAGUGACCGAUCCUAACUUUCUCUCGGCUGUCCAACUUGCCUUCGAACGCCAGAGUAAUCGUGUGUUCCCUCUCCUCAACGAGAAAAAUGCUUCCACAAUCUCUGAUGAUCCUGAUCCCUUUGAACUGUUCUUCCCACUGGUGCUGACAUGUCUCGAGUUCUUUGAUCCCGAGCCGAUAUUCACAAGUCUGAACUACAUCCGAGAGAUCCUUGGGCACUCGAGUCUAGAGCUACAGGCGGCAGCCUCAUCAUCAUCUGGGGCAGGGGGGAAGCCCGGGUCGGCGACGAGCAAUGCUGCUCCUGGCUCGAAUCAGAUGUCUAAUCCGUUGAUCAAUCAACUCGUCACACAGAACGGAUACUUACUCUCCGACGUCUCGCUCAAGAGAACCCUCACUGACUUCCCCGAAGACUGCCUCUCCACCGUCAUCAUCCUCUUCAGGCUUAUGGCCGACUUUUAUCCCACCCAAUUGGCGUCUUGGGUCCCCUCAGUCAUCGAACGUUUGCCCCCCAAGGUCGCCACUAUCCCUGAUAAGGAGAAAUUCCUCCUCGCUUUUAAACAGUAA